UAAUUCCAGCUUUCAUCUUUCUCAUGGAUAGUUUUAUUUGGACUGACUCUUGGGACUGAGGAUUGCAUAGUAGCCUAAUUAUUUGAAUCGUUUGAGGCAUCGAAGAACAGUGCCUUUAUUUCAACUCUCUUCAAGACUUUCUGUGUCCGCUGUUUAGGGGACUGCUGAGGAGGGUCCACGUGUGCCAUGAAGCCUGGAGGUACUGUCCUCAAGUUAUCAGCCAGCCUCGUUCUCUCAAAGUCUGACAAAUCUAAUACCACAUAUAGGAUGUAACAUAAAAACGAAAUCUAAGGACAUCCAUUUCUUGUGGCCACAACUUCUUAUGUUAAGGGAACUACAUGUUUUUCUCGUGGCCACGGAAAAAUUUCAGCGAGCAGGCUACAGAUAAGAGACAGAGGAUUCCCUUCAUUUCCCUGUUUUAAUUCCCCUUUGUGUUUGACUGAACUUUGGUUUGGUUUGAGAUUUUUUUAUCAGUUGCAAAAAUUAAAACCAUGUCUGAUGUACCAAUAUUUUUUGUUGGUAUAAAGGCUUGCUUUCUUUCAGUGAAAUACAGCCAGGGUAUUUGAUGCUAAAAAUUUGAUAUUUAUUUGAAAGAAAACAGUUAAACAGCUCAGGGUAUUUUCCCAUGUAGGUCAAAAAUGGUCUCUUCUCACCCCUAUUUGUGCCACCUCACGUCCAGUUAAGAAUGGUUGGCCACAAGAAGUAGCAAAGGCAGGUGCAAUACCUGUCAUCAUCUAAUAAUUUAAAAUAUGCAACUCUAUGGUUUAAACCAUUGGUUCAUCAACAUACAAGUUCACACACAUGAUUUUAAAGAACAUACAACUUCAGUAUCUGAAAUCUCUGGUCUGGAGUAAAUAUCAGAGGUGUAUUUUGAUGUAGAAUAUUGUUUAGGGGUGGGCAAGUACCUUCAACAGCCCCUUCCUGACUACGUCACUUUGAGAAGUUAUGUAAAUAUGCUGUUUCUCCUUUUGUGCUCCCACAACUCUCUCUGAGGGAUUUUUGUGAUGCAAAGAGGAAACGUUUACAUGUACAACUGAAUGAUCACAACACUUCAAACUCUGAAGUAUCUUGAGAUUUAAGAUCCCAGUUCAGCAGAAUGGCAGACAUGUCAGUUGAGGAGAUGACAUCUAAAGCCAACCGUGUAACAAAUGAGUCACUUGAAAGCACUAAACGAAUGGUCCAAAUGACAAAUGAUAGUAUCAACGCUGGGGUCAAGACAAUGACUAUGUUAGAUAAGCAGGGAGAAACACUAAUGAAUGUGGAACGGGAAAUGGACCAGAUUAAGCAGGACAUGAAACAAGCUCGAAAAAACCUGAAUGAACUGUCCAAAUGCUGCGGCCUGUGUUUGUGCCCAUGUAACAGACUGAAGUCCACCGAGAGUGGCUGGAGAAAAAAGCAGGUCAGGGAACCAAAGGAAAGCAAGCAGAAGGUGGAAUCAAACCAACCGACUGCUCUUCGCAAUGGGCAGGCCUCCUCCGGCCCCUACAUCAAGAGAAUAACAGAUGAUGAUCGAGAAGAUGAGAUGGAAGAGAAUCUAAGUCAGGUGGUCGACCACGUUGCAAUAUUAAAGAACAUGGCACUGGGCUUGAACAACAAGAUUGAAGAUCAAAUCCAAAUAAUUGAUCGUGUCAAUAAUGAGAUUACAACAGUUACAAGUGAGGUUGCUGCGGCGGAAAAACGAGCCAGGAAACACCGAUAAGAGAAAUACAGAAAGGACCACCAUCCUUCCCAUACUA